AUGCCUUUCACAACCCACCGUCGCCAUCACCACACAACAACCACCACUACUGCCCGGCCCUACCGCCGCAGCAUCUUCUCCCGCCGAACUCCUCGAACUCCUCGCGUGCAUCACCAGCGCAAGCCCACGCUCAAGGACAAAGUCAGCGGCGCUCUCCUCAAAUUGAGGGGAAGCUUGACUCGCCGUCCAGGUGUAAAGGCGGCCGGAACUCGCAGAAUGCGUGGCACAGAUGGUCGUGGAUCACACAACCGUCGCAGACGCUUUUUGUAA